CCCGCGCCGCUCCCAGCCCGGCGUUUGCGAAGCGAAUGCGGUGGAGCCAAUAGGAGCGCAGAGGGCUCCGGGGCUUGACAAGGGCCAGGCUCUAGCAAGUCUUUAUUGUGCCACUCCUAAGCCUUCAGGGGAGUCUGAAGAUGAUAACUUUCAUGAACAGCUCUGACAGUGAAGAAGAGCCCUGCAAUGAGAGAACCUCCCUGAUGUCAGCUGAGAGUCCUCCUGUGCCCUCCUACCAAGAUGGCCUGCAAGCACCAGAAGUAGUGGAAACACAGACACACAGGAAGAGGUACACUGGUAGCAGUGGUAGCUCUAAUGAUGUUGCACAUGGAAAUUCUGACACAGAACUUCUGGUGCGAGAUGUUCAGUUGGACAACGAAGAGGAAGAACUGACUCUGAAAUAUGGAGCCAAACAUGUGAUCAUGCUUUUUGUGCCUGUCACACUUUGUAUGAUUGUUGUUGUUGCCACCAUAAAGUCAGUGCGCUUCUACACAGAGAAAAAUGGGCAGCUGAUAUAUACUCCCUUCAGUGAAGACACACCUUCUGUAGGCCAGCGUCUCCUGAACUCUGUGCUGAACACCCUCAUAAUGAUCAGUGUCAUUGUUGUAAUGACAGUCUUCCUAGUUAUACUAUAUAAAUAUCGUUGUUACAAGUUUAUCCAUGGCUGGCUGAUUCUUUCAUCUCUGAUGCUAUUGUUCCUCUUCACCUACAUCUAUCUUGGUGAAGUGUUUAAGACAUACAACGUGGCUAUGGAUUACCCCACUCUUUUCUUUGUCAUCUGGAAUUUUGGAGCAGUUGGGAUGAUUUGCAUCCAUUGGAAAGGCCCCCUCCAGCUCCAGCAGGCCUAUCUCAUUAUGAUCAGUGCUCUGAUGGCAUUAGUUUUUAUUAAGUACUUACCUGAGUGGUCAGCAUGGGUCAUUCUAGGAGCCAUCUCCAUUUAUGAUCUGAUGGCUGUGCUGUGUCCCAAGGGGCCAUUACGAAUGCUAGUAGAAACUGCCCAGGAAAGAAAUGAGCCAAUAUUUCCUGCAUUAAUCUAUUCUUCUGCUGUGAUGUGGACAGUAGGAAUGGCAAAGCCAGAUACAGCAUCAAGGGGGUUGAGUCAGCAGACAUGGGAUUCAGCUGAAGAUAUGAGAGAGAAUCAUGAAAGCCCAUCGCACUCAGACUCUGAAAUUUCUGAGACCAGGAAUCCUGCUCCAUCCCAUCCAACUGCUUCUUCGUUAGAGGAGCUGGAGGAGGAGGAAAGAGGUGUGAAGCUGGGCCUUGGAGACUUCAUAUUUUACAGUGUGCUUGUAGGGAAAGCAGCUGCCACUGCUAGUGGAGACUGGAACACAACACUGGCCUGUUUUGUAGCCAUCCUCAUAGGUUUAUGUUUGACUCUUCUAUUGCUGGCUGUGUUCAAGAAGGCAUUACCUGCUCUUCCCAUCUCCAUCACCUUUGGCUUGGUAUUCUACUUCUCAACAGACAACCUUGUACGACCUUUCAUGGACACCCUUGCUUCUCACCAGUUGUAUAUUUAGAAGAAGGAAUCAGAGCUGGAGAAUGCAUUCUGCAGUCUUGCCUUGGAAGUAUGGCAUUUCCACUGGAUUAAGUUGUAUAAUUUGACACUGAGUGCCAUAUAUUUUUAAGAGAACUUUUAAAGCAAUGAUAUGAUAUGCAGUUGUGUCAAGGGCUAAGAUUCUCCAAAGGAGCUGAAGGGAGUUGGGUUCCCAGCUUUUGAUGAGUUGUGUACCUAGCUCCAAUAGGGUCCUUUGGAAACCUCACCCUUGAGGUUGGUGUCUGAGCAACAGCUGUGCCUAUCAUCAUCACCUGUGGUACAUAUUGAAGAAAGCCUGAACAGGCCAACAGAUGGAUGAAGAACUUUGUUGUGUGCAUGUUGGGACUGAGACACAUUGGCACUUUGUCCUGGAGUUGCAAUGAAGGUUAAUUGUA